AUGUCAGACAAAGGAAACAAGCCGAAAGAUUUUGAUGGCACGAGGUCGAAAUAUAGAGAAUGGAUCUAUGAAUGUCACAUGUACAUUCUCACCAACCCAACCAAAUAUGACACCGAUAAGGAUAAAACCCUAAUGGUGUUAUCAUAUAUGAGAGAAGGAACGGCGUCACUCUUCACCCAGAAGUACUACUUCGACAGGGAACUUCGAGAAUACAAGGCAACGGAGACAAGAAAAACAUGGGGAACAUUCAAGGAAUUCUUAAAGGAGUUAGCCGCUGCAUUCAAAGAUGAAAGUCUCGAACAGAAGGCGAGACAAAAAUUAUUCACAAUGAGAAUGGGAAAACAAUCAGCGGACGAAUUUGUCAUGGACUACCUCAUGACGGCAGGAGAAAGCGGAUUCGAUCUUGAAUCCACCAUCGACUAUUUCCGCCGAGCCAUACACCCAGAAAUUCUCAAACAAAUCUACAGACUCCCUGAUAUGCCGACAACCAUGGACGAUUGGGUAAAAUACACCCGAAGGUUCGAUAACCAGUGGAGGGAGCUACAAAGCAUAAAAAGCUCCGUACCCUCCGCCGCUGUUCGAUCCAACAACCCUUUCCGCUACAACUCCUCCAACGCUCCAUCAUCCAUGAACAACUCUGUCAUCCCCAUGGCCAUAGAUUCAGUCCGAACAACCCUCACGGACGAAGAACGCAACCGCCUCAGGAUGGAGGGUGGGUGCUUUUACUGCCGUCAAAAAGGACAUAUGGCAAACCAAUGCCCUGCCAGGGGUUCGUCUAGGAUACAUGAAGGGUCAGCUGGAUAUGUUCAACAGGGUAGUAGAACAGUGGGGAACCGCUCGGCUCAGGCCGGCAGCAGGAUAGGAGGCGGAGGAGGCGGCUAUGGCCGAACGUUCUCGACAGGAACUUCAAGCGGUACUCAGGGAAGCACUACGACGCAAGGUAGAGGCAUGGCGACGACUAACCCGUUCCGAGCCCGACUCGCAGCUCGCCAGGCCCACGCACCCAGACCGGAUGCACCUAUACGUGAGACGGAGCUUGAGAUUAGCCGAGAAGAGAUCCAGAAAGUUAUAGGAAAGAUGAGAUGGGACGAGCAAGAAGCACUCCUUCAGGAGCUGAAUGAGAUGAGCAAGUGGAAGGAAUUGGAUUUUUAA